UUUGAAACCGUUUCUCUUGAGAUCUCUCUUUGUAUACAUAGAACUUUUUAUGGGUUUUACGAGGAACUCAUUCAGUGUCUUCUCUCAAAUGCGGUAGAAAGGUCUCAAAAGAGUAAUGUUUGAUAUAGAUGAACCAAUUUCAGAUUACCAGAAAGCGAUUCGAGAGAGAGCUUCCCAAAGCUUGGGUCCACUGAGAUAUGCACUUAAUUCACCUGUCAAGUCUCCUGCUUCCAAGAGGUUUAUAUUCAAAGGAGAUGCCUACAGCUCGGCAGUGGCAAGAUUGAAGACAUUACUCCAGCGAUAUGAUGAGGCUAAAAUUUUGGAACCGAGACCUCUAGGCUCUUUUUCGAAGCCAGGUGGAGCACCUAAUGGCCAACCCUUAUCCCCAGAUAGAAGCUACUUGCCCAGUACAGAUGAAGUUACUCACCUUUUAGACAACCAGGUUGCUAUUUUCCAACAUCUUGAGGGUCAAGUCGAGUUUUACAAGGAUGCUUUAGAGUCAUUGAAGCAACGAGCAGAACUUGUGAUUACAGAAAAUGAGACUCUUUUUGAUCAGCUCAAGACACAAGCCAUUACGCAAGUGCUAUCAGCGGAAAAGCAAACUGAUUUUGAAGACCAGUCGCCAUCAAAUACCAGAGAGGACACUCUAGGGGUUCAAGCACGAAGGGUUAGCUGUGACGAUAGUGAUGAUGAUGAUGAUGACGACAGACACAUUGAGGACAGUGAUGUCAAAGGAUCUAAACUGCAGUUACACGGCGAGGCAAGCACAGAGAGACAUCCGAGAAACACAGGCAAGGAAAUGCAGAGAGCGAAGGAACAUGAUCCAGAUGAUGAAGAAAGAAGUGCAAGGGACACAGAUAGGAAGGCACAAAUGGCAGUUAUGGAUCAUGAUCCUAGAAAGGCAUUGAUGCCAAGAGUGCAGCAGAGGUCUACUAUGGAGACUUCAUUUGGAAUGGACGCCGUUGAUUCACAGCUCUUUAUGUCCGCCAAUGAAAGGAAAUUUGUUAACCAACUUGAAGAAGAAGUGAAAAAAAUACGUAAACUGCACGACGCAAAGACAAGACAUCUUGAAUCACUUCUCUACUCAACAAGAGAUGAACUUGAAGACUACCAAAGACAAGUGUCAGAGCUGCAGGCAAAAUUAAGAGCUCAAAAAGUGCUAGAAGAACAGCGAAGCCAGCCAGCCCUGUGCGUCAAGUGUGGACACCAAACUGCUGUGCUGUUCAAUUCACACAGUGAAGCUGCCAUAGAUACCAUUAAUCAACUGACAAAGGAGAGAGAUGACCUGAUGAAUACGCUGACUGGUCAGAAGGCGGUACUAGCUGAAGUCCGUCAACGAGAGUUUGAAGCUUAUAACCAAGUGAAGAAGAGUUGUCACAUGGUGGAGCAGGCUCAGUUGGAAAAAGCAGAGGCAAUAAUCCAUGUACGGCAACUGAAAGAAGAUUUACAAAAGGAGCGAGAACGACAUGAUAACUACAUGAAAUCAUCCAGCGAGAAAAUGGAGAAGGAGCGAGAGAAGGUGCGCGAGGCAUGCCGAGAGGAGGUCAGCGGCCUUGUUAAGCAGUUAGAAUCAUCAAGUGAGGCUCGUUCGGCAUUAGAAAACCAGCUGGAACGACUGACACGAGAUAAGGUCGACCUCAUGGCUGAGCUGGAACAGGCAAAAAGUCAAAUAAUGGCGCAUGCGUCUUUAAUAACGCAGGCUGGUGACAACGUGCAGAAAGAACUGGAACAAACGCAGACGAAGCUGUCGAUGACCUCACAGGAAUUAAGCUCACUUAAAACAACAGCUCAGCAAGCUCAGAGAGAAAGAGAACAGGAGAAAACGCGCUUAACAAGCGAAAUGGAAGGCCUUCGACGGCGCCUUCAAGAAGCUGAACACUGCUGGAUGGAAUGUAAAGAGGACUGCAUCAGACUUACUGAGAGAUUAAAUAAUGCAGAACGGGAGGUUAAAAGCGCUUUAGCUGCGAAGGAAAAGCUGGACAAAACAAGAGGUGAAGACAUGGAACGUGUCAGUAAACAAAACAAGCAAAGGGAAGAAAAACUUGCCAAGUUAUUACAAGAAACGGAGACGAGGCACACCCAGCUCAGAACUGAACUGCAACAGAUGCUGGAAGCAGAAAUUCAAGUGUGCAACCGGAUGAAGGACGAAUGCAAAAAACUAACUCAACAGCUGCAAGAUUCUGCUGAAAAAUCAAGAGACGCCAACCACGAAUGCAACAAAAUGAAGAAAAAAUUAGAGGAAUCCAUGGCGCAAAGACGGGCCCUUGAGGCAGAGAGCGCGAAAAAGGACAAACACUUACACGAAAUAUCAUCAAGACUCAAACAUAGCGACGAGAACGCCCGUAAGCAAGUCGACCAGAUGUGCCAGUUGUUGGCCUCAAGAAACAACUUGAUGAAAGAAAGGAAAAUUCUUUGUCAAGAGGUCGAAUUCUUGAGAAAACAGUGGAUGUCAAAGACGCCUUCCGAACCCGUGACACCUGCCAUUGAAACUGCAAGUAACGUCAGUGCCGAAAAUGAUGACAACGGUCACGCAAACGACGAAAAAGAGCGUGAUGCGUGACACCCACUGACUCUGACACUGACGUGUUGUGACUCUUAUGGGGAUUAACCACGCGUCAAAAAAAUUACCACACUGUAAAUUGAACGACAUAUCUUAUUUUACUUUUUAUCGACCAUCACAAGUGGUCGAUUGUUUCUAACAUAGUAGAGUAUUUUUAUCACUAUUAUCUCUUUUAUAUUCUGAUCUUAUUUGUUUUUUCCUUGACAACUGUACAAAAGAGAUACUAUAUUUGUAUAUGUAUAUUUUUAAUGUUAUUUUCUCUUAAAAAGAGAGGUAAUUACAACAGUAAAAAGCUAUAAAAUGGUGAGAAUUGUUUUACAGUAAUUCACUUUGCUUACAAAGUGUUCCACGGCAUGAUACCAGCAAACACUUUGACAUCAGUUUGUCGCUCAUAUAACGGACUUGUCAUGUGCUUAUAACUACAUACAGAACAUGCGGCAUGGCUAAGUUGAAUUAUAACUGAAAACAAUUAUGGCGACUUCAUCUCGAAUAUCAUCUAUUUAAUACAGUUUUUUUCAACAAAAACAAACAAACAAACAAACAAAAAAUGCGUAACGUCCUUCACCAUCUUAGA